UACCUACCUAUGCUCCAUUAUCAGAGUUAUCGCGUUAUCACGAACGCUGCAGUUCUUAACCUACAAAGAACACAACCGAUUUUUAAUUGCUCUUUAAAUGUUAAAACAAUAACAGUGCAAUGGACCAAAUUGAAUUGAGAGAGAUUGAAAACACCGACCUCUUGGAAAGACCGAGUAAAACCAAUAAACUACGCUACCCGCGAUCAGUUGCGUUUAUAGUCACAAAUGAGUUCUGCGAAAGGUUUUCAUACUAUGGAAUGCGAACAAUCCUAUCUCUGUACCUGCGAGACAAGCUGGGCUUCACGGCGAAUGGCGCCACAGUCAUCUACCACACGUUCACUAUGUUCGCCUACUUCUUCCCCCUCAUCGGGGCCAUGAUCGCCGAUGGAUGGUUGGGACGAUUCAGAACGAUCCUGUACCUCUCCUUGGUGUACGCGGCGGGCAGCGUGCUGAUCUCUCUUGCAGCCAUGCCUCCGGUCAGCUUACCUCAAAUGGAGUUCACAAUGUUGGCGCUGCUGCUCAUCGCCUUCGGGACAGGAGGCAUCAAGCCCUGCGUGUCUGCAUUCGGCGGGGACCAGUUCAAGCUGCCCGAACAGGCGAAGUACUUGGGCUACUUCUUCUCGCUGUUCUACUUCGCGAUCAACGCUGGAAGCCUCAUAUCCACCUUCAUCACCCCGAUCUUCAGGGCAGACGUCCACUGCUUCGGGGAAAGUGAUUGCUUUUCACUCGCGUUCGGUGUCCCGGGCAUUUUGAUGAUUAUAUCAAUUCUGUUCUUCUUGGCUGGCAAACGGCUCUACAUUAUCAAGAGUCCAGCGGGAAAUGUUUUGGGAAGAGUUUCUUCUUGCAUUGGACAUGCCAUGGUCAAGUCGUUCAAGAGCAAAGAGAAGAGAGAACACUGGCUGGACCACGCCGACGACAAGUACGACAAGUCCCUGAUUGAUGACGUCAAGUCUCUACUGCGUGUCUUGGUGCUUUACAUUCCCUUGCCAGUUUUCUGGGCCCUUUUCGACCAACAAGGCUCGAGAUGGACGUUCCAAGCCGCCAGGAUGCGCCAGGACAUCGGCAGCUGGACGCUGAAGCCCGACCAGAUGCAAGUCUUGAACCCGCUGCUCAUCUUAGUGUUCAUCCCUAUAUUCGAAGUGGCAAUCUACCCAUUCUUAACUUGGUGCAGGCUCGUGAGGAAACCUCUGCAUAAAAUGAUUUGGGGCGGAAUCCUCGCUGCCGCUGCUUUUGUCAUUUCCGGGAUCGUUGAGAUUAAACUUUUGCCAAGCUAUGGUACGCCAGUAUCGGCCGGUUUGGCACAACUGAGGGUGUACAAUGGUUAUAACUGUGAUUUCGUGCUCGACUUGCCCAGUUUUAACCAAACCAAUGUCACCAUUGGACCUCUAUCUGCUUACGAAAAACUCGACAUUGGAGCUGACAAGUUUUUGGACCUGCCCUAUGAUAUACAAGGCCAGCCUGGCACCGAAUGCGCUAACUUAUAUCUCAGCGGCCAAUUUCACCUGAAAGAAGAAACAGCUAAUUCCUUCUUCAUUAAGCGAGGAGGAAUCAAUAACUUCACUGACAACAACGAUAAAGCUUUAGAUGGUGUUAGUGUCAGAUUUUUAUCAAACCUGAACAGCGUAACGCAGAUAAACUUAAUCGACUCGCAGAAGAAUAGAACAAAAUUAAAUAUAACGAGCAGUAAUAGCACGCAGAUAUCCAUUGAAAAGGGAACUUAUGAUGUUGUUAUUAACAGCCAAAUAGUAAUAAACGCCUUCAAAUUCCUUGACGGUGCCGUGUAUACUAUUAACGUUUAUGAAGACAGUAAUGGGUCUUAUGACGCCAACGCCGUCAUGAUAACACCAGAGAACUCAGUCCACAUCCUGUGGCUGGUGCCACAGUACGUGGUGAUGACCAUGGGCGAGGUGAUGUUCUCGGUCACAGGCCUGGAGUUCUCCUUCACGCAGGCGCCUGCCAGCAUGAAGUCGGUGCUGCAGUCUGUGUGGCUGCUCACCGUGGCCUUCGGGAACCUCAUCGUGGUGCUGAUUGUCGAAGGAAACUUUUUGGACGCGCAGUGGAAGGAAUUCUUCCUAUUCGCCGGCCUGAUGUUGAUCGAUAUGUUCAUAUUCACCGCCAUGGCCUUCCGAUACAAGUACGUCAAGCUGCAGUCCAGCACCGAAGCCCUACCUCAAGUCGAAGAGAUCAAAAUGCCAGAGAAACCUAGCCAAGAUUAGAUGCCUAUUUUAAUUAAAUAAUUUACUAAUAGUU